AUGUCUGAAUCUUUCGCCCUUCUCCGCCGCCGUCGCAGCGACGAGCUCGCCAAACUUGCCGAUCAGCAUAUGCAACACGAUCUCCAAGCCGACGAUCGGGAUGCGCUCAAAUCAGCUGCCUCAACUGUUUCCUUGUGGACUACGGUUGGGUCUGCGGUAGGUCUUGGGCUUGGAUUGUAUGCUGCAAUUCGGCUGCGAAGCACGCGUAAGGCAUUCUUCGCUGCCAUUCGAGCGCAGGAAAGACCUACCAAGGUGAUCUUCGCAGAUGGACGCACCGAGCCUAUCCCUGAUCUAACGCCAUUGUUGAAGCCCACAACUUUUGGAGACUUCGCAACCUACUUCUUUGCUUCAUUCGGUGGUCUUUUCUUGGGCGGAGAACUUGGCUUUGCGGGUGGAGCAGCCAGUGGUAGCCGUAGUAUCACAUCUGACCCGGAACGGAAAAAGCGGAUCGAGACUGCGUUUAGAAGGUUCAGAGCUGAUGUCCUUCGAAAGGAGGCGGAUUCUUUGGAUAACGGUGCUAAUGUGUCUGAAAUGAUGUUCUGA